AUGCUUGGAUGGAACAUUCCAUAUGAAUUUAAUGACUCCGACUUUGAAGUCUCAGAACACUUAUUAACCAACUACCUGGAUCUCUACGACGAAACAGCUUGGGACGCCCUGCGCUACUUGAUCGCUGAGAUCAACUAUGGUGGACAUAUUACUGAUGACUGGGAUCGCAGACUUUUGUCCACAUUCAUUAACGAGUAUUACCGCGAAGAGGUACUUAAGGAGCCCUUCUACAAACUCUCCAGCUUACCUAAUUACUACAUUCCUCGAGAUGGCAGUCUCAACGCCUAUCGUGAAUUCGUCGCUAUGCUACCCACAAUUGAUCACCCUGAGGCUCUAGGUCAACAUGCAAAUGCUGACAUUCAGUCACAGAUCCAAGAGACCAGACUUCUUUUCGAUACUCUUCUCUCAUUACGGCCCCAG